AUGACCAAAAAAGUUACAAUUGAUAUAGAUAAAACACUAAAAUCAGGGACUCUAAAUGAUGGUGGUAAACGCUACUACAAUGAUGAAGAACAUAACGAAAGGGUGGAUGUUAUCCUAACUGAAUCUCUUCAAAAUCUUCCUGAAUAUGUAACACUCACUCACAAACCAACUAAUGGUGACACUAUUGGCAAUAUUAAAUAUAGCAAUUACAAAGCCAGAUCAUCUGGUAGUGGAACUCAUACAACGUUAAUAGUAUACUACUGGAGCGGAGAUACUGAGUACAAAAAUCCCUUGGUUGUUAAACUGAGCGGGGAAAAGGAGAAAUACUACACUACUGAUACUUCUACUAGUGGUAAAGAAAGGAACCCCCGGAUUUGUAGCCUCUUCACUAACUUCAGUCAAUGCGGUUCUGAUACAAAAAUAAAUGAUAUUGCCCUCAAAGAUACACUUGAUAAGCAGAACUGUAAGAGGAACGAAGCCCAUAUUCUAAAUCUUUCACAGAAUGGUAGCACUACUUACCCAUGUCCAAGUGGUUGCCAAAAACAAAUUAGUGUAUCAACUCACGGCUACUCAGAUUUCACUUACUCUACACAUUAUAUUCCUGGUUAUGGUAAUUUAUCAGUCUCUGGCUUUAAAGAGGGUAGCAUUUGGCAAGUUGGACUACCAUCUAUUAGGAGUAUUUCGUCUAUAACUGUGUAUUUUAUCUCAAACACUAAUACCCCUAUUGUAAUUAAUUAUAACAAAGGUGGAGAGAAAUAUUUCAGGAGAAACAAAAGUACUGGAAAUACUUGGACUGCAGUUUCCCAGGAUAAAGCAUUAAAACUUCUAAAUGAUCAAGAGUAUUACCCCAAAGUUACUAUCAAGUUGUCUAUGCCUGCUAAUGCACCAUAUCCGGAUGAAGGUACUAAAAUAAAUAUAACUGUAAGGAGCAGUUUUAUUGAGGGUGGCUACUAUAUAUCCCGGCAUUCUCUAUGUGGUGGACUAUUUAAGGUCACUCAAGUUAAGCAUGGUCAAGGAACUACCCUGGAGGGUAUAUCCUCUAAUUAUCCCAUUGAGAGUGUAACUGCAUAUUAUAAUGGAGAUGAUUAUAUUACAAAAGAUCCUAUCUUGGUUGAGCUUGCUGUUAAAAAUACUUCUAAAACCGGAUAUAUAUACUAUGGAAAAUCUACCGCUCAGGAUAAUUCAUGGCGUGCAUUUCUUAACUCAGGCACUCGACACAAUGAAGCUUACCUUAGGAAGAAGCUUAAAUCUAUGAGAGAGACAAAGCUUUUACCCAGUAAAACUACAGAUAUUAUUGAGACAACUCUAAUAGUGACUGAUGUAUUAGCAGGAGGAGGUACUAUGGGAUAUGGAGGAUGGAAAUUGUUUGGUGUCCUAGCAACUCGUCUGUAG